UAUUUUGGUCCACCUCAUCCCACCCACUGCCAAGUCAACGGCUUACUAUCCUCUGCUUGCAGUCAAUUACCAGUGUUUCAUCAAUGUCGGAGCGAAUUCCCUAUGUCCUACAAUGGUCAUACGUUCCUAGGCCCUGUAGAACCUUAUCCUUUUACGAGAUACUGCAAGCAACUUAAAUGGGACCCGUUUCCUCAAAACCUUUCCCUACCAACGCAUGUCCCCUAGAGUCUGGAUUCCGCCUUCAGCCGCUCUCUCACCUCCCAGCGACGAAGAGGAUGUCAACGUUCGUCUCAGACCCUACUGGCCAGCUUACCACAACCUUCUCCGCCGCCGUGGCUUUCGUCUCGAGACAAUUGCGGACAUGCGGCAGUACUAUCGACAAGCAGAAAACGUGCUGUCACCUCCCUACUCAUGCUCGCUCAAGGACCUCGAUGAUGAUGCUGUGUGUCCCUACUCUGGGCUGCCUGAUAACCUCUUUCGUGGGACCCGAAUAAGUGAUAACACCAAAGUGAUGGUCAAGGCCGUUCAUAGGCGCAGUAGAGAACUUGCCAUCGUUCGUUUUCUCUCGACACCGCCCAUAAGAGGCCAUCCCAUGAACCAUUGCAUACCGGUUCUCGACUUGGUCGUGGAAGGGGAACUUGGCUUUAUCAUCAUGGAGCGAUGGUCCUCACAAUUGAUUCCCGACAGUGGACCAUGCUGCCUCAAAUCCUUCCUCCGUGCUAUCGGCCAAUGUAUUGAGCACGCGGCCUUCAUGCAUAGCCUUCAUAUCGCUCACCUAGACAUAUCGUUGUGUAAUCUAUUGACGGACUACCGAGGCCAUUACGCCUACAUUGAUUUCGAGUUGAGCCACAGAUUUGAGGAACCAAAUCCUCGGGUCUGUGGGUAUCGCUUGGGGACAGAGAUUCCCCCAGAGUGUAACGGCCUCGAUUCUUAUGACCCGUUCAAAGUCGAUGUAUUCGCUUUGGGAGUGUUGAUAUUACGCGCUUGUAAGAUGACCGGUCACUGUGUACCGGAAUUGGUCGAGAUUGUUCGGCCUAUGCUACGUGAUGAUCCUGAUGAACGCCCAUCACUUGUGUCAGUGUUACGCUCUCACGAGGACUUAAUUCGAAAGAUUUCGGCCGAUGGACUAGAAUAUUGCUUUGCAUUAAACAGUAAUCAAUGUAUUGUAGAAUAA